AUACAUCAUCAACUUGGAUUCUUUGCUCACACGAAAGCAUCAAUUUGUUUAACCUGUAAUAAACCGAUCGGUACACUUUAUCAAAACCCGAUAGAUUUCGGUUCGAUUAUAACCAAAUCCGAAACCCCUAAUUUUCUUUUUCCAAUCUCACGAUCCCAAUCCCAGUUGUAUCAUUAUUUCUUCUUAGUUUCUCUAGUUCUCGGUUUUUCGCCGUCGAUACGUCUGCAGAUUCCCCGUCCAAGAAGAAGAAGCAGGACACUGGUCAGAAAAACCAAUUUCUUAUGGACGCAACGGUUAAAAACUCAAGUCGUGAUGGUGGUGAGUGGAAGGUGGUCUUACCUAGUAAAGGAAGACAAAGAAGAAGAAAACCAAAACCUAAGGUUCAAGAAGAAGAAGAAGAAGAAGAGCAGCCAUGGAAAUCGGAUGAUGUUGAAAUUGAUCCAAAGAGGCAAGCAAGACUAAGGAAGAAGAUGGAUAUCUCUAUGAAUAAAAUCGAAAGCUCAAAGUUCUACACGGCGUUCUUAGAACAGCUCAAGUCUCCCGAGGUUUCAGACCAGAUUCGCCUUGUGUUAGGCACUGAGACAAAGCUUCAGAUGGUGGUGUAUGGCAUAGGAAGCAUCGAGUCCUAUGAAUCACCAAGGUUUCAGCUGAGCAUUGCAAUCUUGAUGAAGAGAGAGUUUGAUUGGGUUGGUGACAUAGAAGUAUUCGAUCCAGUCCUGUCGGCAACUGAAACUAGCGUUGUAGAAUCUCUGGGAUGCACUGUUCUGUCUGUGAACGAGCAAGCUCGCAGGGAAGCUUUAAAGCCUACUCUUUUCUUCAUGCCACACUGUGAAGCCAAUCUGUACAGCAACCUACUGCAAACAAAUUGGAGAUUGGAUCGAUUGUCACGAAUCGCAUUGUUUGGGAACAGUUUUCAGAUGUACGAGGAGCAGGUGACGUUGGAUCCACAAGUCAUCCGUGGUACCAAACGGAUCAUAGCUGCACGAAGAGUCACGAGUGAGUUUGCUAUUGAGACGGUAUCAGAAGAUUAUUAUGCAGCUUUCCAUGAUUUAAGCUGGCAUUUUUUCAGUUCUGGUGUAGAUUCAGAGCUGCCAUUGUUGGUUUCUGAUGGAUUAUAGAUCAUUUUGAACUUCUUCCAUCCUUUUUUCUUCAAAAUCUUAGCCAUCAAGGGGGGGGGGGGGGG